AUGGCUGGCGUGCACAGGUUAGACCUGGAGACAGAUCCUGGAGAUGUUGAAUUGGCGGCGACGACCGACCAGAGGCCAUGGCAGCAGUGUCCACCGCCCCGACGCUCGACGCCCCUGGACGUCCUGGCUUCCCCGCUGAAGCUGGAGCAGGACGUGCGGGGGAAAGUGGAUUCGUUUCGGGCCCGCAUCGCGCAGGAGGCCGAGGAUCUGGUGUCCACCUUCUUCCCUCAGAAGCUGUCGGAGCUGGAUAGUCGGGUCCGGGAGCUGCGCCUGCAAGACCUGUCCAGAAUCCGUUCGGUGCCGGCCCCGGAGCCCCCCGCCGCCCCCGACACCGCGGGGGACGGGCCCAACCGGGACCCGCCGCCUCCGCAGACCCAGCCCUCGGUCAAAGUGCCGGCACCGCCGGGCGGCGAGGGGCAGCUGCUGCGGAGCAACCAGCAUCUGGUGGAGCUGAUCGAGCGGGUGAAACCCGAGAUCGAGCUGCUGAGGGAGAAAUGCAACGCGGUGCGCAUGUGGGUGCAGCUGCUCAUCCCGAAGGUGGAGGACGGCGACGACUUCGGAGUGUCCAUCCAGGAGGACACCGUGGACCAGCUGUGGACCGUGGAGAGCACGGCAGCCUCCUAUCUGCGCCGCUUCUCCACCUACUACAACACCAGGGCCAAGCUGGUGUCCAAGAUCGUGAAGUACCCCCAGGUGGAAGAUUAUCGCCGCACCGUAGCCGAGGUGGACGAAAACGAGUACCUGAGCGUGCGCCAGAUCCUGCUGCACGUGCGGAACCAGUACGCCACCCUGCAUGAUGUGAUCCUCAAAAACAUCGAGAAGAUCAAGACCCCUCGGAGCGCCAACACGGACAACCUCUACUGAGGACCUGCCCCCACCCCUCUUUCCUUCAGGAGGUGGCCGGGCUGUUCGGGCAGCGGCAGGGGGUUAGAAUGACACUGUAGGUGACGGGCCGACUGGAAACGUGCCCGACCGUUCAGUGACGGUUUCGUCCAGCUUAUCCUCCCACUGAAUACUUCGGUGUAGUUUUUAUUUGCUUUUUCUUUCGCUGAGAGGAUGGGGACAAGCCAUCUGGUGGAAGGUGGUAGGGUUGGCCAAGGAAAAGGACUGCCAUUUUUAAAAACAGCUUCGUAGACGAAUGUGGGCCAGGGUUUCUCUUUUAUGGCAUUGCUGACAUUGAAUGGUUUGAGGGGUUACUCCAGGAAAAACCUUAGUGUUUAAAAGAAAGUUGAAUGAAGCUCUUCCUGAGGUUCUGCUGUGUGUUACUUUGUUCAAACCUCAGAAACGCUCCUUUCGUCACCAUCGUCUGGUUUUUUUUUUUUUGUUUUUUUUUGUUUUUUUUUUUUUGCAAGGAAAGGAGUUUACCGAGAUGUGUCGAGGUCACCGUAUGUCUCCAGUUUGGCAGAUUGAAAUAAAACUUGGUUUUAACAUUU